CUCACUGUGCGUCGCGCGGCCGUGGCUGAGAGACGGAGCGGAAAGCAGGGAGGAAACACACGGACGCGCUGUCACAUGCGCGCACGCUAGGCCUGGAGGAUGAGGGGCCUGCUGACCACACAGAGCCAGGACUGCUACCGCGAGCAGAUCGAGAAGGAGAUCUACACCCGCCUGGCAUGGAAUAUCAGAUACGGACAGCAGUACCUGUGCCGCCCCGCCGCGAGGAGGGCCAGGAAGCCGGGCUUCCCCAGCUUGCCCGCGCCCAAGGUGACCCUGCCCCCCGUGGAGCAGACGGCUGCGGCGGAGACGGAGGAGAAGCGGAAGGCGGUCCGGAGCAUACCGGCGCCCGGGGAGUCGGAGUCCUUCGCGGAGAUCUCCCUCAUGAGGCCGGUGAGCCCCGGCUCCAAGGAGCUGCUGAACGAGGGCCUGUCCACGCAGGGCAGCGGCCGCACCUUGUACCUACGCAGGCGCCUGGAGAAAAACCCGGAGGAGAAGUACCCGCACCCGGAGCUGUCCUCCUGGGAGUACGGCUGGAGGCUGGGUGACUACGUGAAGGAAUUCAGGUGCCCAGCGAACGGGAGGUCCGGAAUUGUCCGGGACACUUUUUACGCCAGGAACGGAAUAUUCAGCAUUGCCUCUCCGACCGACCGCGUACAAUAAUAAACCCAGCGUGUUUGUUCAGAAUAUGGAAGAAAAAAAUCAAUGAAUUACAUUAAUGCUGUUAUGUAAAGGUCAUUUUAAAAUCAUGGCUUUAAUACAUGUAAAGAGCGCGU